AUGGGCGCGGAGAGCAGCGCUCUGAGGAGCUGUGCGCUGAGGGGGCCCCCGACCACACUGCACUCAGGACUGGCCGUGUUCCCCGCCGAGCUGCAGGAUGGCAAAGUGGCGUCGGUGUUUGUGUACAAGAGAGAAAACGAAGACAAAGUCAACCAGGCUGCCAAGCACCUGAAGACGCUCCGGCACCCCUGCUUGCUGAGGUUCUUGUCUUGCACGGUGGAGGCAGAUGGCAUUCAUCUGGUCACGGAGCGCGUGCAGCCUCUGGGAGCGGCCUUGGAAACGCUGUCCUCCGCUGAGGUCUGUGCCGGGAUCUACGACAUCCUGCUGGCUCUCAUCUUCCUUCACGACCGAGGCCACCUCACGCAUAACAACGUGUGCCUGUCCUCCGUGUUUGUGAGCGAAGACGGGCACUGGAAGCUGGGAGGCAUGGAGACCGUCUGCCGGGUGCCCCAGGCCACCCCCGAGUUUCUGCGGAGCAUCCAGUCCGUGAGAGACCCGGCCUGCAUCCCUCCUGAAGAGGCGGCUCCGGGAUUCACCACUCUGCCCGAGGCGCACGGGCACGCGCGGGACGCCUACGCCUUCGGGAAGCUGGUGGAGAGGCUGCUCACCGGCCUGAACGGAGAGGCGGACGCCCUCCGCGGCUUCCAGCAGGCCCUGCACUCCGCCCUGCUGCACCCCGAGCCCCAGCGCCGGCCUGCGCUCUGCACCCUGCUGACCCACGCCUUCUUCAGGAAUGAUUUUCUAGAAGUUGUGAAUUUCUUGAAAAGUUUAACUUUGAAGAGUGAAGAGGAAAAAACUGAAUUCUUUAAGUUCCUGCUGGGCAGAGUGAGCGGCCUGUCAGAGGAGCUGAUAGCCUCGCGGCUGGUGCCUCUGCUGCUCAAUCAGCUGGUGUUCGCGGAGCCGGUGGCUGUGAAGAGCUUCCUUCCUCAUCUGCUUGGCCCCAAAAAAGACGGGCCCGGAGAGAGCCCGCGCCUGCUGUCGCCCGCCCUGUUCCGCGCGCGGGUGGUGCCGCUGCUGCUGCAGCUGUUCCAGGUGCACGAGGAGCACGUGCGCACCGCGCUGCUGGCCCACCUGGAGGCCUACGUGGAGCACUUCACGCCCGAGCAGCUGCGGACGGUCAUCCUGCCGCAGGUGUUACUGGGCCUGCGUGAUACCAGCAGCUCCAUUGUGGCAAUCACGCUUCACAGCCUGGCUGUGCUGGUCUCCCUGCUUGGACCAGAGGUGGUUGUGGGAGGACAGAGAACCAAGGUCUUCAAACGCACUGCCCCGAGUUUUACAAAAGCUAUUGACCUUUCCCCAGAAGAUUCUCCCACACACGUGGCCUGCAGCCAGCACAGGCCGACCUCCCCCGAGAAGCCCUCUCGGGUGUUCCCUGACGACAGGCCCGUGGGCAGCAAGAAGCACAAACAGCAGGAUUCCUACACCCCUCUUCCCCAGACAGGUGACGGGUUUUCUCAGCCUAGGGCAUUUCCCAUGAAUGGACUUGCAGACAUGAGACAUACCUCAGGAGACAGUGAGAGCUUCCUGCUGAGCCCCCAGGUGUCUGAGGAAUGGCCCGACUGGAGCGAGCCCGGGGAGCCCGAAAGCAGAACGGUCCACACACCGGCAUGGCCUCCGGGGCCAGCCAGGCCCCCACUCACAGCCCUGAAGGAGGAGGAGACGUGGGAUGGCCUUACGCACAGCAGCCUCGGCCACGCGGUGAGCCCAGGAGGCGGAAUCACCGGGACCCCGGGGGACAAGGCCAUCCCCACUUCUCUUCCGCUCACAGAGGCCGCCCAGCCUUUGGCAUCGAGCCAACCCCACAAGACCAGUCCUGUCCCGGACCAGCCCCCGCCCCCGCAAGUAUCAUCACGAGAAAGGCACCCUAAGAUCCCAUCAGAACUCGGUUUAGGAGAGGAGUUCACCAUUCAAGUGAAAAAGAAGCUGGCACAGGACCCUGAGUUGGACUGGUUCGCUGACAUGAUCCCCGAAAUUAAGCCUUCGGGUGCUAUUCUUGUUCUACCUGAACUGAGGACAGAAACGGGGAUCCCCACCAUGGAUGGUGUCUCACCGGGGAUGCAGUUUUCCUCAAAAUUUGCUGCAGCAGAAAUGACGGAGGCGGAGUCUGACGGCUGGGGAGAUGCCGGGGAGCUGAGCUGGGGAGACAGCAGCUGGUGA